UUUAGCUACAGAACAAUAUAGGGGUGACUAAAUUACAAUUUUUUCUCACAUAACUGCAAUGUUUACAAGGAGCACCUGAAAAAAUAUAUCUAAAGAAGUAUGAGGGUGUUAAGCAAUCGUGUAUAGCUCAUGUUGUCAUUGGAGUAUAGAAAUCAAGAUAGUAAAUUAUAUGCAUUGUAUUUCUUUAAAAAAAGUUUUUCUUUUUCUUAAAAUUCUAAACAUUAUGAUGUCACUAUGACAAGAAUUUAUUAAAACGUGCUGAUUUAUGUUUUACUUUUACUUUUUCAGCAAAAUACAAUGUUUUUAUCUCAUUUGCUUUUUGUGUGGCUCACUGUUGUAUUUUUCAUUAGUGGCUUGUUGAUCAACUUGGUUCAAUUUUGUGUUUUACCAUUAUAUUGGGUCCAUCGAAAGUUAUAUCGUAUACUUAUAUCAAAAUUAUGUUAUUGUUUAUAUUCAGAUUUCACGUUUCUUGCAGAGUGGUGGGGCACUACCAACUUAACAGUGUAUGCCGAAGAUGAUGUUUUAAAGCAAAUGCAACAUGAAAAGAUAAUAGCUAUUUUGAAUCAUUACAGUGAUGUUGAUUGGCUGAUUGGUUGGGUAUUUGCUGAACGAAUUGGUGUAUUAGGUAGUGUAAAGGUUGCUAUGAAACAUGGAAUACAAUAUGUUCCUACACUUGGAUGGGCAUGGUGGUUUGCUGAAUUCACCUUUCUAAAACGAAAUUGGCAAACAGACAAAGAUCAUUUAAUGAAAACUAUGAAAGGAUUAAAAAAUCACAAAAUCCCAUAUGCAAUGACUUUGUUUUGCGAGGGAACUCGAAGGACUGAAGAUAAACUUAAAGCUAGUCAAGAGUAUGCGAUUCAAAAUAAUAUGAAACCAUUAAAGCACCAUUUAGUACCCAGAGCAAAAGGUUUUUCUAUGAUGAUACAUGAGCUGUAUCACGAAGUGCCAGCAGUCUACGAUCUAGAGUUUGCUUUUCCAAACCCUGAAAAAUGUACUAUCGUUAAUUUAAUUAAUCGAGGAAAAGUUGAUGUUCAUCUGCAUAUAAGACGUAUACCAAUAAGUGAUAUUCCAACAUCCAGCAUAGAAGAGACUUCGGCGUAUUGUCAACUCUUGUACCAACAAAAGGAUGAACUGUAUGAGCACUUUGUGAAGCAUGGUGAAUUUCCAGGCAAAAAAGUUGCACUUGAACGUGGCAUAUGGAACUUUGUGACACUUUCUUGUCACAAUGUUAUUGUCUUCGUGGUAUUGUUGACCUUGUUGAAGCACUGUGUGUAUUUGUUUGGCCCUGUCUUCACUACGUCGUUUUUGGUGUUACUUGGAAUAUCUGUCUUUGCACUUGUGAAGAUGUUGUUACGUGUCACGCAAACACACAAAGGAAGCUCUUUUGGGCUGAAACACGAAAAGAAAGAAAAAUAAAAACCCUAGUACAUCACACAAACAUGGUUUUAUUACUUGUCGCAUGCUUCUUUUAAAAAAUGAAUUUCUUUCAAUGUUUGUUGUUGCUUGUGCGAAUUAUUUAUAGUAUAUUUAUUAUGCACAUACAAUAACAUUCGCUAAAGCUACAUUUACAUGUACGUUUUCUUUUACGUAAGGACUUACGUAAAAUUUUUGGAACGUAAGAAAAUUUUAUCUUACGUACAGUUUUGUUCACGUAUGUGAUAACGUAUAUCAGUUAGUUCAAAUCAUUUUUUGAUGUGGUGGUGGUGUUUAAAAAGCGACAUUGUUGAAUAAGAAUAAAAAAGAGUCUGGGUAAGAAUUACAAACUUAGAUAGGCAAAUCUCUGAUACGUUUGUUUCAAUUUUUAUCCCUACCAAAGUGUCUGAUUGAAUAUAAUUUUUCAGGUAAUCGAUUUUAAAUUGACUUUUCAUGCAUGUUUUUACUUAGUUAGGUUACGUAAUCAAAUUCGAAUCCUAAAUCGAAGUUUCUUUCUUUGUUUAACGUACUUUUACAUCGCGUUUCUUACGACCAAAAAUGGUGUAGAAGCCUAACUUGCACGUAAGGUGUGACGUAAGUUGCGUAGUGGUUUUUAUUUUUACCUAAGUCAGAUGAACAUGCUUCCUUGCGUACGCUCUCACGUAAAAAUAUACGCACAUGUGUAUGUAGCUUUACAAACAAAUAAACAAAA